AUGGCCAAUCAUUUCUUCCUUAACGGAGAAAUCCUAUAUAGGAGAACUUCGGAUUUAGGAUUGCUGAGAUGUGUCGACGCCACAGAAGCGACAAGGCUUUUGGAAGAAAUAUAUGCAGGAACAUGUGGACCUCACAUGAAUGGGUUCACUUUGGCAAAGAAGAUUUUAAGAGCCGGAUAUUUUUGGAUGACCAUAGAGAGAGAUAGCAUCCAGUUUGUGCAAAAGUGUCAUCAGUGUCAAGUGCAUGGAGAUUUUAUACGGGUUCCACCGAAUGAGCUCAAUGUGAUGGGUUCGAUUAUUUCACAAAAUGGGUCGAAGCUUCGACAUACAAGUGAUCUUAUGAAGGAAACUUGUGAAAGGUUAAAGAUUGCUCAUCGAAAUUCUACGGUUUACCGGCCACAGAUGAAUGGAGCAGUUGAGGCUGCAAAUAAGAAUAUCAAGAAGAUCCUAAGAAAAAUAGUGGACACUCACAGGCAAUGGCAUGAAAAGUUACCAUAUGCUUUACUUGGUUAUCGCACCACAAUCAGAACAUCAACUGGGGCAACUCCUUACAUGUUGGUUUACGAUUCAGAAGCAGUAAUACGUGCUGAGGUGGAAAUACCAUCUUUAAGGAUUAUCCAAGAGGUUGGUCUGGACAAUGCAGAAUGGAUACGUAGUAGGCAUGAACAAUUGAUGCUCAUCGAUGAAAAGAGGAUGGACGCGGUUUGUCAUGGCCAACUCUAUCAAAACAGAAUGACCAAAGCGUUCAACAAGAAAGUCAAACCUCGACAGUUAACACCAGGGCAUUUAGUAUUGAAGAAGAUUUUCUUCAUCAAGGAGAAGCCAAAGGGAAAUUUUCACCAAAUUGGGAAGGACCCUACAUGA